UGAACCUGUUUCUACUUGAUACUGCCUGUUAGUUUUCUUUAUUGCUGGCUUGCUGCCACCUCGUCUCUUUCUGCACGAAGGAGUUGCAAAAAUGUCCACAAGUGUGUGUGAUUCAAACUCGAAGUGUGGAACAACUAGGCUGGAAAACAUAAAAGAGGAAGGUGUGGAGAAUUGGCUACCAGCAGCAUGUCCACUGCCAGAAACCCCAACCGAGUCAAUGGAGUUCCUCGGGAGGUCAUGGAGUGUUUCAUCAGUGGAAGUAUCGAAGGCUCUUUCCCACACUUCGGUUGAACCUAAGACCCAAAGCUUAUUUUGCCACGUUGGUACUCAUCAACCUCAUCUUCACACCUCUACACUCCCAGAAGAGCGUCAACCAAAAACAUUAGCAAAAGCAGAUAGCCCUCCAGUUUCUCCUAGAAAAAGUGAUGAAAUGAAGGAACUGUUUCUAAUUCAUCAAGCUCUCAACCAAGAUUUUGUGUCUAGCCAUCAGUUGCUUAAAAACGGGCUUUACAGGAACAUUAUGAAAGGAAGGACAAUGGGCAGAUGGAUAAAAGAUCAGAAAGAGAAGAGGAAGCAUGAGAUUAGAACACACAAUGCUCAACUGCAUGCAGCAAUAUCUGUAGCAGGUGUUGCUGCUGCUGUGGCAGCUCUCACCGCAACAUCAGCAACAUCAACCAAAAGUCCCACCAACAAUAGAGAACAAACAGCUCGUUCGAAAACUUCAAAUGCAAUAGCAUCAGCAGCAGCUCUAGUGGCAUCACAUUGCAUAGAAAUUGCAGAGGAUUUGGGAGCUGAUCAUGAACAGAUACUGUCAGCUGUCAAUUCUGCAACAAUUGCAAGGACUAAUGGUGACAUCAUGACCCUGACUGCAGGAGCAGCCACGGCAUUGAGAGGAGCUGCCACAUUACGAGCAAGGCAGCAGAAGGGAGCUACAACCAUGGCUUUAACAGAGGAACAGGUUGAGGAAGGCAAAGAAAUAAAUGUCAUGGCAGCUUUGAACUUUGUUUCAAAAGGGGGGGAACUUUUAAAGCUUACAAGGAAAGGAGAUCUUCAUUGGAAGCAAGUUUCUUUUAAGGUCAACACAAAAUGGCAGGUUGUAGCAAAACUGAAAAGCAAGCACAUGGCAGGAACUUUUACAAAGAAAAAGAAGUUUGUAAUCUCCGGAGUGUAUCCUGAUGUCUUAGCAUGGCCUGGAAGAGAGAUGGAUGAUAGUAAUGAACAAAGACAAUAUUUCGGGAUAGAAACCUCAGAAAGAAUAAUACAGUUCGAAUGCAGCACCAAAGAUGAAAAACAAAAGUGGAUAGAGGGCUUGCAACAUUUAUUGAACUGCCGAGCCAAUAUGGCACGAUUUACAUAGCAGACUGUAUCUUGAAGUUGCAGAUCAGCUGUCCACAGGCUUGUAUAGCAAUUCUAGAUGUGUCAAACUUCAAGUUUUGGAAUUGUACAGUGAGUGGAUCAUAACUAUUUGAGUGAUUGUGUUUACAAAUAAGAGUGGAUCUAUUAUAAAAGCAUUGGCAGGA